AUGACACACAUCAUCACCACGCCGUUUUCUCCUCCGCUGUACAUACAGAGAUACCAGUUUGUUAUUGAUUACGUGAGAACUUACCGACCUAGAAAGGUCAUCGAUUUUGGAUGCGCUGAAUGUGGCCUGCUGAAGAAGCUGAAGUUUCAUCGCAACGGUAUACAGACACUAGUGGGGGUUGAUAUCGACAGAGCUGUCCUCCUCAAAAGAAUGUGUACAUUGGCACCACUUAUGAGUGAUUACCUUCAGCCAAGCGAUGGGCCUUUGACUGUUGAGCUGUACGAAGGCUCAGUCACAGAGAGGGAACCAUGCACCAGAGGAUUUGAUCUUGUGACAUGUGUUGAGUUAAUCGAACACCUGGAGCUUGGGGAUGUGGAGAGCUUUUCAGAGGUUGUGUUUGGGUACAUGGCACCAGGUGCUGUGAUUGUCAGCACACCUAACGCAGAGUUCAACCCAUUGCUGCCAGGUCUGAGAGGCUUUAGAAACCAUGAUCACAAGUUUGAGUGGAGCAGAGCUGAGUUUCAGGCUUGGGCUCACAGAGUUUGUGAAGAAUAUGGCUACUCAGUGCAGUUCACUGGAGUUGGAGAAGCCCUUGGCCACUGGAGAGAUGUGGGAUUCUGCACUCAGAUUGGUGUGUUCAAGAGGAAUUUUGAUGGGCUAAAUUGGUCCAUGACCAACACUGAACGUUCUGAACCCUCCGUGUACAGACUGUUGUACAAAGUGGCGUAUCCGAGCCUGUACGAUAACAACAUCUACCAGAAGACUUUGGUUAAUGAGGUCCUAUAUGAGGCAGAACACCUGAGACAGGAAUGGCUCAAGAGUGAGAACAAGGAUUCUAACAACAAUUCACAUCGCUACUAUCAUCCAUCAAUGGAAACAGUACAGUAUGGGGCUGAAGGGGGUGCAGUUGUGUGGCAACCUGUUUACCAGAAGAGCGGCGCCAUUUUUGUGCCCUUGCCAUGUAUAUGGCCCAGCCCCAGAGUGAGAGCGCUGUGUGGCACAGCGCAGCAACUCAGGGAGGAACUUCUGGAGGACACGCAGGUAAGGCUUAGUGCUGAUGGAACAGUUAAUCCUGCCUCCCAAUGA